AUGACAUCACAACAAGCUUCAUCAACAGAAUCGAUUACGGACAAGAAUUCAGCAGGCAUCACUUCUUCGACGACAGAAAACAAUGAACAAUUAUCAAACAAUAUUCAUCAAUUUUUAAAUUUCUUUUCCAUGUUUUCUACCAAUAAUACUGUAGUUACUACAGCAGGCCCAGAAGACUCGGAUGAUGAAGAUGAAUUACUUAAACAAUAUGUAGUCAAGAAACAAAAGGAAAAGUUUGAAAAAUCUAAAAUGUCUAAGAAAGCACAAAAGAGAUACAACAAAAAAUUGGGAAUUGAAGGAUCCGAUGAUGAAGAUGAUGAACCUAUUUUCGAAGAUGAAGAAAUGGACGGAAAGAAGAGAAAACGAAAAGAAACUGAUACAUCCUCUAUGAAAUUCUCUAAAGUUAUCGACUCUUUGCAAGAUGAUACUGAUGUUCAUACCACAAGUGGUGAUAGUUUGAAGAGUUCAAGGAGUAUCAAAAAAGCACUCUCGGAAAAACGUAAACAUCAAACCAAGUUGAGUCAUAUGAAGCAUGGUGAUAAGAUUGCUAAGGAAGAAAAGUUACAGUCUGCCAUGACUAAAAUUGUUAAAGGAAGAGAUGACUCUGAUGUUAAAGUUUUACAAUCUAAAUUGAAGAGACAACAAGAUAUGAAGAAGAAGAAACAAAAACCAAAUUCAACAAAGAAGAGAGCAGGUUUUGAAGGAAAGAGCAGCGGAAAAAUUAAUGAUUUGCAAAAUCUUCAAAAAUUGAAACAAAAAGUACGAUAA